AUUCAAUCGUAUUUGUGUUAAACUUAAGCCAAUUGUGAGCACAAAGUCAUGGAUCAGUCGCCAAAAACUAAUGGCUCUUCAGAUAAUCUCCUGAAGAGUAAAUCUUUUCGUACGGUUCAGGCAAUACUGCUCCUGCUUUUGGUCAUUACUUUUGCGGUCUAUUUGGUGACUCUGAUCGCAGACAUCUGUGUUUUCCACAAACAAAUCGGUUUCCUUUUCCUCACAAUAAUCAUCGACGUGUUGGCGAUGACUGUCAUCGCGAUCGGCAUCCGAGGCGUCGCUCUCGAGAUCUUCUACUUCGUGGCCGCCUUCGCCAUCGUGGCCGCCAUCGUGACGACAGGACAGGCGACCACUUUCGCCUUCCGGUCGCCACUCCUCACGACUUUCAACUUCCUGCUCGACGUCUCCGUCACGGCUCUGGGAUUCUGGUUCUCGUGGAUGUUAUAUCAGGAUCUGUUGAGUAGAGGCGGCGCCACUGUUAUCCCCAACAUCUGUAUCGUCAAAAAGGUUAACCUCGAAGAAGACAAAGACAAAGAAGACACCGAAGAGGCGAAAGAGGAGCCGAAGGACGAGAAGACGAACGCAAACUGA